AUGGUACCUUCCAUGGCACUGUCUAGCAAUUACUCCACCUCUCCAGUCUCCGAAUUCCUCCUCAUCUGCUUCCCUAACUAUCAGAGUUGGCAGCACUGGCUCUCCCUGCCCCUCAGCCUCCUCUUCCUCCUGGCUAUGGGGGCUAACACCACCCUUCUCAUCACCAUCCGCCUAGAGUCCUCUCUGCACAAGCCCAUGUACUACCUGCUCAGCCUCCUGUCCCUGCUGGACGUCGUGCUCUGCCUCACCGUCAUCCCUAAGGUUUUGGACAUCUUCUGGUUUGACAACAAAGCCAUAAGCUUCUCUGCCUGCUUCCUCCAGAUGUUCAUCAUGAACAGUUUCCUGACCAUGGAGUCCUGCACCUUCAUGGUCAUGGCCUAUGACCGCUAUGUGGCCAUCUGCCACCCUCUGCGUUACCCCUCCAUCAUCACUGAUCAAUUUGUGACUAGGGCUGCCAUCUUUGUUAUAGCCAGAAAUGCCCUCUUUUCUCUUCCUGUUCCCAUCCUUUCUGCCAGACUAAGAUACUGUGCAGGGAAUAUAAUCAAGAACUGUAUCUGUACUAACCUGUCUGUGUCCAAACUCUCUUGUGACAACAUCACAUUCAAUCGACUGUACCAGUUUGUGGCAGGCUGGACCCUGCUGGGCUCUGACUUUAUCCUUAUUAUUCUCUCCUAUUCCUUUAUCUUGAGAGUUGUGUUAAGAAUCAAGGCUGAAGGUGCUGUGUCCAAGUCCCUAAGCACAUGUGGUUCCCACUUCAUCCUCAUCCUCUUCUUCAGCACAGUCCUAUUGGUUCUGGUCAUCACUAACCUGGCCAGGGAAAGAAUUCCCCCAGAUGUCCCCAUACUGCUGAACAUCUUACACCACCUAAUUCCCCCUGCUCUGAACCCCAUUGUUUAUGGUGUGAGAACCAAGGAGAUCAAGCAGGGAAUCCAGAACCUGCUGAAAAGCCUGUAA